AUGACGCGGGCAGAGCAAACAGAAGAGGCGUAUCCGGACCUCAGUGCUCUGAGAAAAGAACUUGAGAAGAGACAGAGGGAGAGGAACAAGGCGAACCUCGACCGGGAUCAAGCGAAGCUUGAUAGAGACCAGGCUCAGCUGGAGAGGGACCAGGCGGUCAUCGAACGGGAUCAAACACAGAGGGUGCUUGAGAUGCUGAGGGCCGAACACCAGCAGGAACAAAGGGUGCGGGAGAAUGCCGCGAAUUGUGAACAGCUGAAGUCAGAACUGGAGAGAAUCCAGCAACGACAGCGCGAGCUCGAUAUGCAAAAGGGAGCCAGGCCCAAGGAGCGAGUGGUUACCAGCUCAAGGCCAGAGUCACGGAUGGAGGUAGACGAAACUCCCAGAUCGAGGGGUCGGUUUAACCUUGACCGCGCGGCUCGAGAACACAUGAGUGAGGGGUUGGAAGUAUGGAUACCGACUGAGUCAACGUCCUCCCUGCGCGGCCUAGAGACACAACCUAUACGCCCACUAAUGGACGUUGCACUGCCAGGGUAUACCCCGAGCUCAACCCCGAGCGGCAGUCAGGUGAGCGGCAGCUCGUCACGUCUAAAGGAAUUGAACGAGAGACUACAGCUAAGAAGUCGUGAGAGUUCAGGAAGACCGGAGCUUCCCUUGAGCUGGAGGGAGCAACCGAUCAGGAGUGUGAUGAUCUCAAGCUAUAAGAAGAACACAGAAGGCAGGUACCACAGACACAAUCGCCUGGAUUGGAGCACGGCACAAAGGGCCAGGAGGGACUGCUUCCAUGACGCAGCCUUUGUGGAGUACCUCACGCAGACCACCUAA